UUCCAGUGAAUAACAAAGGUGUCACGGUGCGGCAUGGCAGACCGUGGGGAUAUGGGGAAUGAGGACCCAGGCGCCGUGCUCUGUGUAUAAACAGUGCGUUUAUUUACAGUGAUGGAAACAAUAACAGUAAAUCCCCGUGCUCUCCCGUGACUCCCGUGUUGUGUCUUCCCAAAAAGUCCGUGCUCUCCACUGCCGUGUGUCCACACACACCCCGUGCCUGCUGCCCUCCGAUGUUCCACGCUCCUCCUGAGGGGAAAAUGACAGAGGCAGCCGUCAAGACACUUAAUUCCAGUAGGCAUACACUCAGACUUUAACUAAGCAGAAGACUAACAUGGAGUCUCAUGAAAUGAUCCCGCGUCGGUGGGAGCUCCAAGACUCUCCUAAGUAGCUCCCCCGACAAGCCCUGAUCAGCAGCAGGUGUGUGGCUUCGGGUGUGGCCAGUCCCUCCGCAGGGCCACACCCCUCAGGCCUGCAGGUGGCUGAGCUCCAUCCUCCAAGCAUCCCCGCAGACAUAACCCACACACUCACAUCUACAAUCAUGGAGGAGAGCAGCAGCAAUACCAAAAUACAUAUAAUAAUAAUAAUAAUAAUAUAAUACAUGACUGCUCAGGGAUCCUGGGUCGUCCAGUCCCAGGAUCCUGACACAAAGGUCUUUUGUUUGGAAGACAGAAAAAGACCCUCAAUAGAAAUACCUACAUUGGGACUUUGAACAAUAUUCAACAGAAUACAUAUGCCAUGCUGUCUGAUAUAUAUGUUUUAAAUGUGCUGCAUUUUUGCUUUUUCAUUUGACAUGUUAAUGAACAGUAAUAAAAAUGUUAUUUUUCUAACUUCUAACCUUAUCCUUCUAAAGUUUGGUCCAAAUAUACUGAGCAAAUACUGAACUCCUUCACUUUAGGUCUGAGUCAUUGCUGAAAUUAACGAUUAAACCGUCGAGUCACGUGCCCUCUUCACAAUUUCAGGAUUACGUUAGUUGGUAGGAGUGAUCCUAGAUGAUGGAGGAGCUACAUCGGCCAGAACUGUUUGACUUCCAUGGAGUCUCCAUGACCAACGCUUUCACUGACAACUGGGACAACGUACAGAACUUCAAAGCAAGACCAGAUGAUAUUGUUAUCGCUACGUACCCUAAAGCAGGAACCACAUGGGUCUCUUACAUCAUAGAUCUUCUGUAUUUUGGGCACAUGGGUCCAGCUCGUCAGACAUCCAUCCCUCUUCAUGACAGAGUGCCCUUUCUGGAGCUCUACGUACCUUUUCUACCUUCAGGUACCGAUUUGGCAGACAAACUUCCCACCACUCCUCGUCUCAUUAAAACUCAUCUGCCAGUCCAGUUUGUACCAAAGUCCUUCUGGGAGCAGCGCUGCAGGGUGGUCUAUGUGGCCCGCAAUGCAAAAGACAAUGCAGUGUCCUAUUUUCACUUUGAACGCAUGAACAGUGGCAUGCCAGAACCAGGAGACUGGAGCACCUUCCUGCAGGACUUCAUGGAGGGAAAGAAGGUUUUUGGAUCGUGGUAUGACCAUGUGAACGGCUGGUGGGAGAAGAAACAAACUCAUUCAAAUUUUCACUACAUGUUCUAUGAAGAUUUGAUUGAGGACUAUGAAAAAGAAAUAGACCGACUGUGUUCCUUCCUUGGUUUGUCUCCUUCAGUUGAAGAGAAGGAAAGGGUCAGAGCCAGUGUGACGUUUGACAGCAUGAAACAAAACAAGAUGACCAACUAUUCCACAGUUCCUGUGAUGAACCAAGAGGUGUCUCCUUUCAUGAGAAAAGGGAAAGUUGGUGACUGGAAGAACCACUUCACUGUGGCUCAGAAUGAGCAGUUUGAUGAAGACUACAAGAAGAAGAUGAAGAAUCCUGAUCUAAAGUUUCGCUGUGAAAUUUAGAGCCCUGGCUGAGCGUGAUGGAGCUCUGAAGUUAACUAGUUGAGGAUAAACCAAGUGUUGAGACAGAUUAAUUAGUAUCCCUAUUGUAGUAUUAGUAUUCCUAUAUUAUAAUGCUUAUCCAGUUCAGGGUUGUGUGGCGACUCGAGCCCAUCUCAGCUAUCAUAGGGUGAGGCAACAGUGCUAACCAACACACAACCAUGGUGCCAAAUAACGUAUUAACUGAAAUUAAUUUGAUUUUUUUAUUUGAUAUGCUCCCAUUUUGAUUGCAUUCAAAGAGAUGCAAAAAUGUCUGUUAUUGUUAUUAUGUCUGUUAUUGUUAUUAUCCUUGGAUAGCAUGCUGUUCAGUAGUGUGUUUAAUGUUUUGUGCAACAAAAUAACUAAAACUGUUUGCGAUUUUUGCUGAUAGCAUUGAAUUAACAGAUUUAAUCUGGUUUAUCUGAAUUUAUACUACUGGGUCUGGCAUUAAAAAGCCCAGCUAGGCAUGAUGGAGCAUUGAACAGAUGUGUGCAUGUCCCAACAAAUAAAUAAAAAUAUAUGUAUGGAUCAUCAGAAUUAACCACAAUUUAACUGACA